GAUGGUUUCGAUCGGCGUGCGGUGUGUGGUGGAAGUUAUGAUGCAGUGCGGAAGCUGCACUGAGGAACAGAGAACACUGAACGUUGAUGGUUGUGGUCGUGCGGUACUGCGGCGAUUGAAUACCUUAGAAAAUAGACUGAUAGUUCUUGCUGAUACAGUCCUCCGCCAACGGUGAGGAGCAACGGUUGUGCAUCAAGAUAGACUCCAGUCCGGCAGAGCCGUACACAUAAUUUCAUUCGAAUCGAAUUGUGCUUGUGUCAUAGCGGGUCAACCGUGUUCAUCAAUACUACGGCAAUUAUGACCGGCAAACGUGUGGCGGGUAUGCUGAUUGCUGGCCUGUUCGCAUUGCUAUCGAACAGUGUUUCGGCGCUAGAGCUGGGCCAAAACUGUGUGAAUCCCGUCGGCGAGACCGGUACAUGUGUGCUGUUUAGAGAAUGUCAACCUCUGAUCGCCAUCUACUCCAAACCGGUAAAUACGCCGGACGAUACGCAAUUCCUGUCGGACAGCCGCUGUGGCGUUUUUGAGCGCAAAACUUUGGUAUGCUGCGCGGGAGUGACGAACUCAGGAAAAACAUCACUGCCCUCACCACCGAAUUGCGGUAUACAGUUGUCGGAUCGUGUCUACGGUGGACAGCCCACGAAACUCGAUGAAUUCCCGUGGACGGCGUUAAUCGAGUAUCAGAAACCUGACGGACGAUUCGGUUUCCAUUGUGGUGGUUCCAUCAUUAAUGAGCGUUACAUCGUUACCGCCGCUCACUGUAUCAAUGCGAUUCCGCGAAACUGGAAGGUCCAUCGAGUGCGUCUCGGCGAAUGGGAUCUAAGUAGUUCCAGCGAUUGUGAAGAUGAUUUCUGCUCCAUUGCACCGAUUGAUCUGGACAUCGAAAAAAUCAUUGUACACACGGGUUAUGAUACACGGGACAAGAGUCAUCACAAUGACAUUGCGCUGAUUCGCUUCAAUCGGGAGAUCCACUAUUCCGAGACGGUUCGACCAAUUUGUUUGCCACUGGCCGACUCCCUCCGUAGCCGUAAUCAUGUCGGCCUGUCCAGCUUUGCUGCCGGUUGGGGUAAAACGGAAACGGCCUCAGCUAGUCCGAAGAAGCUGAAGGUGGAACUAAAUAUUAAGGAUUUGAAGGAAUGUGCACCAGUUUAUCAGCGUAGCGGCAUCUUCCUAGACUCAACGCAAAUGUGUGCCGGAGGUGUGCGCGGACAGGACACGUGCAGCGGUGAUUCUGGUGGUCCACUGAUGCGUCAAAUUACCGGAUCGUGGUAUUUGAUCGGUGUGGUCAGCUUUGGACCACAGAAAUGCGGCACGGCUAGUGUACCGGGUGUGUACACGAACGUGGCAGAGUAUGUCGAUUGGAUAAGGGACAACGUUUACUAGAACAGCAGAAGAAUUAUUGCUACACAUAAAGAUCGCGACAUAUGACGCUUCAGUUUGAGCACGUACAUAAGUGACUAAACUAAAGUUUAUUAAUAAAAUGUUUGACUAAAACAUAAA